AUGGGCGAUGAGGAUGCUGAUGUCGACCUUAUGGACGCCGACUUCGAGGUCGAGGACGGCGACCUCAUGGACGAAGUCGACUUUGCUGACGAUGGCGAAGACGACGGCGGCUUCGACCUUGUGGCGGACGCCGACUUCGAGGACGACGGCGACUUCAUGGACGAAGGCGACCAACCGGAGUUCGACGACGACGGCCAAGAAAAAGAUGGCGAACUCACGGCGGCCGACGAGGAGGAGCCGGCGCAGUCUGUACCGCACAUCGCCGCCACCCCGCGGGCGUCGGCGGAGGACGAGCGCGACGAACACGGCGGCGUCCACCUUGCCGACGACUCCUCCGCGGACGACGAGGAAGACAGCGACUCAUUCGAGGAGCAGGUGGAGCAGGAGCUGGCGCUGCUGCUGGGGCGGUGA